GAAUUCUUUAUCGACAAUUUAAAGUACGUUUCAAAACCACAACCACAAAUGUAUUCUCGUUUUAACUUCGCCUGUAAUAAGAUGUCUGUCGUGAACGUUUUAGUAUUUCUGCUGUGUAUAAUCGUUCUCAGCGAACGGUGUGCAUCUUUAAACAACAAAAACGAUUUCUUAAACAAUAUAAAUGCACCAGGUGGCGCUAUGAAGACUCGUUUUGAGAACAACGGCUUUUGGGAUCCAUUGAAUUUGCCAAAAAGUUUCGACGCUCGAGCAAAAUGGUACAUGUGUCCGUCUAUUGGUUAUAUUUAUGACCAGGGUAACUGCAAGUCAAGCUACGCUAUUUCUGUGGCGUCAGCCGUAAGUGACCGGAUCUGUAUCCAUUCAAAUGGAACGAUAAAACCAAAACUAUCAGCACAGCAAAUAUUGUCCUGCUGCUACCUUUGCGGAGAUGGCUGCAUGGGUGGCCAACAUUUUGAGUCUUGGGACUUCUACAGAAGACAUGGAUUGGUGUCCGGAGGUGAAUAUGGUUCGAACGAGGGAUGUCAGCCGUACACGAUAGAACCAUGUCAACAUACAGAAACCGCAACUGAAAACGCAUGCUCGAAUAAAACACUGUUCACUCCAGAAUGCAAGUUUCAAUGUUAUAAUCCUAACUACGCGACGAAAUACGCUAAAGACAAUCAUCAAGGAACGUAUUAUCGUGUACCAGCAUAUAAGGCAAUGAAAGAAAUUUACGAAAACGGUCCGAUAACUGCGUCAUUUUACAUGUACCAAGACUUUGUCAACUAUCAAUCAGGUGUGUACGCAUACAAUUCUGGAAAAUACGUUACCACUCAAGCGGUUAAAAUCAUAGGCUGGGGAGAAGAGAACGGCACGCCGUACUGGUUGGCAGCCAACUCGUUCAAUACAUACUGGGGCGACAACGGGUAUGUCAAAAUUCUACGAGGCGCCAACGAAUGUUAUAUAGAAGAAUACAUGUACGGUGGAUUACCGUUGAACUGGUACAUAACUAUAAAUAAACACUCAACAACCGCGAAUAAUAAAUAUUGUAAAAUAGUAGUAAUGUCGUACAUCACAAUGAAAAUCGUCUUGCUACUCGUAUCCAGCUUUUGGAUAACAUGUGACGCAAAUUUAAAAUUGCAUAAAAUCAUCGCACACGUUAACAACGCAAACGCAACAUGGCAGGCCGGAAUAAACAGUUUUCAUACAAACGACCACAAAAAGUUAGUGGGAACUUUUUACCAUCCCGAGGUGGAUGAUUUGGACCACGAGAUCUUUGAAGACGGUGCAGUCAAGGGUGGUGAUUGUGACAACGAUGGUGAUGGUGACGCAAACGAAAUACCUGAGAGUUUCGACGCCCGAUACCAUUGGUUCGAUUGCAUUUCCAUCUCACACAUCUGGAAUCAAGGCAACUGUGCAGCAGAUUGGGCCAUUUCUGUGACUUCGGCGAUGAACGAUCGCAUAUGUAUCGCCUCCGAGGGUAACAUUACUGCACUUUAUUCACCACAAAAAUUAGUUUCCUGUUGCGAAGAUUGUGGUAAUGGAUGCAGCGGAGGAUAUACUGCAGCCGCUUGGAAAUAUAUACUAAAAAAAGGAAUCGUUACUGGUGGCGACUAUGGAAGCAAUGAGGGCUGUCAACCGUGGCUGGUGCAACCAUGCAACGCAUCCACAACGUCUGCCGAUCCGAACUCGAUACUCGGGCCACAUGGCGUGUGUGGUGGUGGCCCAAUAGCCACUCCGAAAUGUGAUUUGACAUGUUACAAUGCACAACAUAAGGGCAAGUACUUGAAUGAAAUUAUCAAAGCCAAAAAAGUGUUUACGUUCGAUGGAUGUGCAGCGAGGAAAAAUCUGAGAAAACACGGACCAUACGUAGUCACGAUGCGAGUUUACGAAGAUUUCCUCGCUUAUAAAUCUGGUGUUUACCAUCAUGUCACUGGUGAUUAUUUGGGACUGUUGUCAGUUAAGAUGAUCGGGUGGGGUAUACAAGGAGGACAAGGGUACUGGCUGUUGGCUAAUUCAUGGGGAACUUCUUGGGGCGAGAACGGAUUUUUCAAAAUCAGACGCUUUGUAAACGAAUGUUGGAUUGAGAAUUUUAGAUACGCUGCCAUACCAAAAUUGUGAUGACAAACCAAUAAGAUAUUAGCUAAUAAAAUAAAACUUUAAGUUCAUACAAACUAA